AAAAAAAAAUAGUUGUGCCAUCAGAGCGAAAACAGAAAUAAUAAUUUGGCAAUACAAAUUAAACAAGGGGAAGAGGAAUAAGUCCAUAGAUUCUAAACAUUAAUGAAACAUAUCAUAUAGAAAGAUACAACUAUCAUCAUGGUCAGUCUGAAACAGGAUCAAUCUAAGAAAGAUACCUUGCUCAAUCUAGAGAGAUUACAGGAACAAUUGAAACUACAACAAGAUGAAUUAUUUCAGCAACAACGUGAAUUAUUAUUACAAGAACCGAAUUUAUUAUCUACUGCAUCACCUAAACUAAUAGCCAAUAAGCCUAUUCAAUCACAUCUGAGUCAAUUCCAAUCAAGCAAUCCCUGGAGUUUUACACAGGGUUUGAUUAUUGGUCAAGUUAGUGUUAUAUUUAUUAUCAUUGUGUUUAUUAAGUUUUUCGUAUUUGCUGAUCCAACGCCUACAAGUUCUAAAACUAAGUCAAGAGUAGAUACAUCGGGGGUUAUAGUGAGGAGAGAUAAGAAGAAAGCUAAUGAUGAUUCUGAGGGAGGCAGUAAUGGUGGGAAUGGUGAUGGAAGUGAAGAUAAUGAAAAAUUUAAAAAUAGUAACUUAUCAUCUAUUUUAGAAAAGACUUAUUAUGAUGUUGAUACCCAUUCCCCUGAGACAUUGGAUUGGUUUAAUGUAUUAAUUGCUCAAACCAUAUCUCAAUUCAGAUCAGAAGCUAUCUUAUCUGAUAAUAUUUAUCAUUCAUUAACUGAGUUUUUGGAAACGGCAGAUUUACCAGAAUAUUUGGAUAAGAUAAAUAUCACUGAGAUUGAUAUCGGUGAUGAUUUCCCCAUUUGUUCCAAUUGUAGGAUCAAACAUAGUCAAGAUGGUUCAGGUAGAUUGGAAGCUAAGAUUGAUGUUGAUUUGGCUGAUACUUUAACAUUGGGAAUUGAGACUAAAUUAUUAUUAAAUCAUCCAAGACCGUUAACUGCAGUAUUGCCUGUUCAAUUAUCAGUAUCAAUUGUUAGAUUUUCAGGCUGUUUAACUGUAUCCUUGAUAAAUACUAAUGAUCAAGAAUUUGCUGAUUUAAAAAUAUCUACCACUCCUUCAUUAUCUUCUGAAACAUCAACUCCAGAACCUAAUGAUGAUACUGUCAUACUACCACAUACACCACCACAAGCUUCAUCAAUGGCUUCUUCAUCUAGUAAUAUUGGAAGAUCAUCUUUAGGUGCUACACCUUUGAGCCAAUCAUUAUCUAUGGACUCUCACUCAAAUAUACCAUCAUCACCUAAAAAAUCGAAACCAACAUCUACCACCACAGGUUCAUCUUCAUAUCCAUCAGCAUCAAAGAAGAAUGAUGAUUCAAACGAUGAAGGCACAGCCUUGAUGUUUUCAUUUUCUCCUGAUUAUAGAUUGGAAUUCACAGUUAAAUCAUUGAUUGGAUCAAGAGCAAAAUUACAAGAUGUACCAAAAAUCUCAUCAUUAAUUGAAAAUAAAUUAAGAAGUUGGUUUAUUGAAAGAUGCAUCGAACCAAGAUUUCAAGUAGUUAAAUUACCUUCAAUUUGGCCAAGAAGAAAGAAUACAAGAGAACCUAUAAAGACAAAGACUGAAACUGAGUAAAUGAUUUAAUUAUUCCCGCUUUCGAUUUACGAAUAUUACCGUAUUGAAACAUGUCUGCUAAUAUAUAGGAGGAAUAGCAAGAACAAGAACAAGAACAAGAACAAGAACAAGAACAAGAACAAGAACAAGAACAAGAACAAGAACAAGAACAAGAACAAGAACAAGAACAAGAACAAGAACAAGAACAAGAACAAGAACAAGAACAAGAACAAGCGUUUCAGUUGUAGUGCGUUGUAAAGAAUAAUUUUUGCAGUAGACUUUGAUAAUGAAGGAGAUAAAUACUCACAGUAACACGAAGAGUUAUAAGACUUGCUUAUAAAGAGAUUUAACUUAUUUAGUUAGUUGCUUUCUAUAACAAUUUUAUAAUAUACAUUUAUAUAUAAUUACUAAUAAUAUCU